AACCAACCUACACCAACGACACGAAAACCGCGCAGAAACACAAACGUGCCCUCAACAUGUGUGAAGAUUGAUAGGUCUCAUUGUUGAAAUUUUUCACCGGGUUUUUUUUCGAACAUCCGAGAAUGAACAAUACAUCUCGUAUCCUAUGCCAAUAGGCACAAAUCACGAAAUUACUGCCGACUCAAUAAAGCGCCAUUAUACAAUAGUGACCACUUUGAACAGGAAACGCAGAAACCCAGAUCGCGUGCGGAAUUACAUCUGUCAAAGCGUCCGGGAUAUCUUCCUAAUGAAAUAUAUCCCACACUUAGGCCUCGUGUUUAACCGACGGUGUCCAGAUUCUAGCGAUCAAGCCCUAGCCUUGCCUUUGGCGUCUUAUUUGUAUAAAUUAGUGGGCACAGAGAUGUUGUGAUGCUUCGUUCAGGGCCUACUUUGCCGUAAAUAUAUUACUGAAAUUCUAAAUUGAAUUGCAACAUCGUGCCAGAGACGCGAUGCGAGCAUCAAGAUCGCAACUUGUGAGGCCCGGCAACAACUCCACGAACGCCGCUCAGGCACCUCCUCAAUCGAAGUAAACCUUUUCAAUUGUUCGAGAAUUCUAUGUCCUAUCUAACCGCACACCCACCUCGUUAGUAGAUCCGGGUCCCGGGACGAGUGAUACCUGGUGGAUCCAGACUUGGGAAAAUUAAGUUUGUAUGAUAAUAUUAUUAUGAUAAAAGAAAAUAUGAUCACCACAAG